CACAACUUCCGGAGCGAGGCGGAAGAGGCUCUGAGGUCUGCGCUCUAGAGUCCCAGGAUCACCGAGGGGCCACCCGGAAAGGGCAACUGGAGCUGACCGGCCGUACUCGGGGUGUCGGGGUCUCGGGCCUGAGGGAUGAAGAGCUGCCAUGGCCAGCGACGGGGCCAGGAAGCAGUUCUGGAAGCGCAGCACCAGCAAGGUCCCGGGCAGCAUCCAGCAUGUGUACGGAGCCCAGCACCCCCCUUUUGACCCACUGGUACACGGCACCUUGCUCAAGUCCACACCCAAGGUGCCGACCACCCCCGGGAAGGCCAAGAGGGUCAGCACCUUCCAGGAGUUCGAGAGCAACACUAGCGAUGCCUGGGACGCGGGGGAGGACGACGACGAGCUCCUGGCCAUGGCGGCCCAGAGCCUGAACACCGAGGUGGUCAUGGAGACCGCGCACCGCGUCCUGCGCAACCACAGCCAGCGGCAAGGCCGGCCUGGGCCGCAGGAGGCCCCUGUGCCCACGCCCACAGCUGAGUCAGAGCCACCCGCAGGGCUGACCGGUGACCUCCGGCUGGUGAAGUCAGUCAGCGAGAGCCACACGUCCUGUGCUGCAGAGAGUACCAGUGAGCCCGUCCCUCUGCAGAGGUCCCAGUCUCUCCCACCCUCGGCCACCGUCACACUGGGCGGGCCGUCCGACCAUGGCUCGGCGCUGAGUGAGAGAGAGGCCUCCCGGCUGGACAAGUUCAAGCAGCUGCUGGCGGAGCCCAACACCGACCUGGAGGAGCUGCGGAAACUGAGCUGGUCCGGGAUCCCCAAGCCAGUGCGUCCCAUGACGUGGAAGCUUCUCUCGGGUUACCUCCCUGCCAACGUAGACCGAAGACCAGCCACUCUGCAGAGAAAACAGAAAGAGUAUUUUGCCUUUAUUGAGCACUAUUAUGAUUCCAGGAAUGACGAAGUUCACCAGGACACGUACCGACAGAUCCACAUAGACAUCCCGCGGAUGAGCCCCGAAGCGUUAAUUCUCCAGCCCAAGGUGACGGAGAUUUUUGAAAGGAUCCUGUUUAUAUGGGCCAUCCGUCAUCCUGCCAGUGGAUACGUUCAGGGGAUAAAUGACCUGGUCACUCCUUUCUUUGUGGUCUUCAUUUGUGAGUACACAGAGGAGGACGAUGUGGACUUGCUCGACGUCUCCCGUGUGCCUGCGGAGCUGCUGCGCAACGUGGAGGCCGACACCUACUGGUGCGUGAGCAAGCUGCUGGACGGUAUCCAGGACAACUACACCUUUGCCCAGCCGGGGAUUCAAAUGAAGGUGAAGAUGCUGGAGGAGCUGGUGAGCCGGAUUGACGAGCCCGUCCACCAGCACCUGAACCAGCACGAGGUGCGCUACCUGCAGUUCGCCUUCCGCUGGAUGAACAACCUGCUGAUGCGGGAGCUGCCGCUGCGCUGCACCGUCCGCCUGUGGGACACCUACCAGUCGGAACCCGAGGGCUUUUCUCAUUUCCACUUGUACGUUUGUGCCGCUUUCCUCGUGAGAUGGAGGAAAAAAAUACUAGAAGAAAGAGAUUUUCAAGAGCUGCUCCUCUUCCUCCAGAACCUGCCCACAGCCUGCUGGGGUGACGAGGACAUCAGCCUGCUCCUGGCCGAGGCCUAUCGCCUCAAGUUUGCCUUCGCGGACGCCCCCAAUCACUACAAGAAGUGAGCCGGGGCCUCUCUGUGGGAGCGGCGCCCUCCCCGCCUGGCCAGCUGUGGCCCCUCUGAGCUGGUCCCAGCCACGCACUGCCUUGCGGCUGUCCUACCCUGCAGCCACUUGCCAGGGUGGGCCCAGCGUGGCCUGGUGCUGGUGUGAACGGGUGGCUCAGUUUUCUGAGAUACCAAAGAGAGCCAGGGACAGAUCCAGGCUCUGGGGGCCAAAUGUGGGUCAGGAGCCCCCCUGCCCUGUCCCUGGAGCAUCCUUGCCAAAUGUCCACCCUGGACCCCUGACCUGAAGCAGCCAAGAAGCAGCCCCACAGAGUGGCCACUGUCCGGGUGCCGGGCCGAAUGGUGGUGGCCGUCAGACCUGCUCUGAAAAGCAAAGAUUCUCCUCUCUUGGGAGAAAGAAUAAAGUUCAGACUAAAUGCUGGGGUGCGGUGCGGUGAGCUGGGGCUCUGUGCAAAGCCUCCGGCAGCCAGUAGCAUCUGGGCCAUGGCCCUGCAAGCAGGCUGAGUCUUUCUUGGCUGGAACUCCGUUGGAAGCUGACCUCAGUGGCUCUGGGAGCUGGGGACGGGAGGCAGAAGGCAGAGUGAGGCCCCUCACGGUCGCCUUACCUUCCGAUCCUGCUCGCCUUUACAAGAGAGCUCCUGAGCCACGGCCCGCCCUUAGUGGUCACUGGCCCAUAACCCACCGUGGGCAGUACCGUUCCUGGCAGGGCCGGGGUGGGCUGUGGACAUACAGGGUAACCUAGCUGAACUCUUCCUGCCACUGCCCACUGUGCCAGGGCCCCAGGGAUCUGUGGGUGGCUCUUCUGUCCAGCUACCCUAUGGCCUCCCACAGCAUCACGGCUGUGUAAGCCUUUGUGACUCAGGUACUGCUGGGCCACGAGGGAGGUGUUGGACACAGGCUCCAUGGCCCUCAGAGGGACAGCUUCCUGUCCACUGCAGCCUGCCACGACUGCUCUGAGACCGUCCUUCUUGGGGGGCAACUCUGCCCUUGCCCAGGCACCAGGAGACUGCCCAGAGGCCAGGGUCACAGAUGUGUGCAAUGUGUGUUCUUGCUUCCAUAAAAGCGGUCUCUGGUCAUUAUACAUGACAGGAAAUUGGCACAGCAUUCUGUACCAGUAUCCUGUGCCCCAGGACCGUGGAGGGCCAUGUAUCUGAGGCCAGGUGGAGCUCAUACCCCACCUGGUUCCGGUUCCUUCGGAGCAGCUCCAGGGGUAAGGAAGCUGCCCUGUGGGUCUGCACAUGGAAGCCCCAUCUCCCUGGGAUUGACCCUGGAGACUGCCCUGCUCUCACACAUAUCUCUGCACAGCCAGAAGUUGCAAAGGCGGAGCAGGUGGCCUCUGGUGAUACUUUAUUUUUCAAUGAGGAAGGAAGCUUAAAUUAAGCCCUGUGUGUAUUUCGUGUGUGCAAAUGCCAGAGUGGGUAUGAAGGACCGGCGGUAGUCCCAGGUCUGAGCAGGUGACAGAAGUGUGUGUCUGAACGUGAUGUGUGGGAAGAUGAAAUAAAGAUGCAUUGAUGCAGA